CGCGCUCGACUCAACUCGCUCCGCUCGGCCAGUCAAGCGUCGCUCGGUUGCUUCUUCCUUUGCUCUCUCUGUACCUUGAAAUUGGCCCAUUCUCGACCCACGGCACCUCAUCUCAUCUAAAGCGCAGUUACGCCAUCGAAUACACACACACGCGCGACUACCCUCACGCAUUCUCUGCUCACGCCAGACUGCAAAUGACCACCGGCCGCCGACGAUCCCAUCCGGCGGCCUGAGAACCAACACUCCGUUUGAGAGAGCGACGCUGCGCUGCUGCGAACAAUGUCCCACCUCGAUCCAACACCACCGCCAUCCUCGCUCAUCUCAUCGCUCCUUUCGCCUACCGAUCUGCUACCAUCGCACGCCUGCAUCGACCACUACUCUCUGCGCCAUCUCAUCCUAUCUCGCACUGGACUGCCAGACUCACCAUCAUGGCUUCGCGCUCAGGGCUGGAAGGUCCUCCUGGGCUUCUUGGGCAACGACAAGAAGGAGUGGCCGAGAGAAGAGGCAAAGAAGAGGCAGGAAUACUAUGAGCUGCUCAGUGACUUGUUGCCAGCUACCGACGCUGAGAGCAGCUCAUCACGCGGCGCAUCCCGCUACGACGCCCUCAUCACUCAGAUCCACCUCGACCUCGUCCGAUCGCGAUUCGCCCAGUCAUUCUCCUUCUUUCGUCAACGUGUGCCACCAAGCGCUUCGUGCCCGCUAGCUCCACUGCCACCAUCUAGCGAUACGCCCGCCGUCAAGAGGCUGCCUAAGCGCAAGGCCCUACGACAACGCCUCACCGCUCUGGGUCACGUCGAGGGGCGCGACGGCGAGAGCGAAUCGCAGGACGAACCACGCAGCGAUGCUAUCCUCCGCAUCCUCUUCCUCUACGCGUUGCUCAAUCCUAGCGUAGGCUAUGUCCAGGGCAUGGUAGAAGUCGCAUCCGUGGUAGUCUGGACCAUCGGCUCAGCUACGGGACUGCCUACCGAAACGGAUUCACCCGCGGAGAGCAACACCCACUUUGAAGCAGACGCAUUCUGGUGCUUUUCGCUGCUACUCGGCGAGCUGCGAGAGCUGUGGGACUUUGAAGGGCUCGACGAUACCAGGGCAGGUCUGCGCAUACGCAAUCCUCGCCAAUCGCCCGGCGCACCCACAGCUGUCACCCUCGGCGGCAUGGCCAGAGCGCUGCGCAGUCUAGGCGGACGAUUGAGAUGGGCAGACGAGGAGCUCUGGACUCACCUCUACAACAAUGGUCUCAGCCCGUCGAUCCCCUACUACUCCUUCCGCUGGCUCGCGACGUUACUCUCCACUUCACUGCCCCUCCCCUCCGUCGUCAAGGUCUGGGACGUCAUCCUCUGCGAAGCGGGCGAGGGUAGCGCAGGGAAAUCAAGUCGCCCAUCACAUUCACAGCGCGUCGACUUCCUCCUCGACGUCAUGACCUCGCUCCUCGUCUGCCACCGCAACAGCCUCCUCGAUUUGGUCAAGGCCGCGCAGGUAAAGGCGCAGCAGGAAGCUGAAGAGGGCGAUGUGGAGCGAUUUGCCUCGGAGGAAAUAUUUUCGAGCUGCAUGAGCUUCCUUCAAGAUCUCCCUGACCGAGAUGACGAUAUUGGACCGGUGCUAGAGAUGGCCAGCAUGCUGAGGCAGAAGCGCAUCGCAUCUGCCUUGACAGGCGAAGACGCGCCACCAGACGACGAAGAGGAGAUGAUCACGAGCAGCGAGACGAUGGGGCAGAGGACUUUCGGUGCAUUCAGUCGCUUAGCCAGUGGCAGCAACAGUGCCCCACCGACGUCAUCUACAAAGGGCGGCUGGCUUCGCAGCGUAUCAGGGACCCGUGACUCCCAAGCUGCGACACGCCAGGCAUCUGUGCCACCGUCCUCACUCUUGCACCGCUUCCAGGCCAGCGACGCUGCAGCAGAGCUCAGCAAAGUCGGCUCCAAUUGGCAAGCGUGCGCAAUGGACAAGUGGUCGCAAGCACGCCGCAGCGCCAGCGAGUCAGUCGCUCCGCCACAACCUCCGAGCCCCAGUGCUAGUACGACGAGUGCUAGCAGCAGCGCCAUUCAGUCGACCAUCUCCAGCCGCCUUGCCUCGCUAAGCUCAGCCGGCGCUGCAUGGAUGCGAGGCAAUGGAGCAACGACAAAGGACCGAGCCUUCUCCACCUCAUCGACGCCACGCUAUCAGCAUCCUGCCGUCUUGCAGUGGAGCCAAGAUACCGAUCGAAGCGCAGGCAACGGCGAGGGGUUGCCCAAUUUCCCACUGCCUGACGUCAUGGACUCGCCAGAUGGAAGGACAGAGUACGCCUACGUGAGGCCGGCGAGCAUGAUGAUGGCCGGGCUGGGCUUUGGUAGCAUGGGAGGAGUCAGCCCGGUGCAUGAUCGCACACAACGUCGUGGGGUAGCGAGCAUACCAGAGGAGUGGCGCUUUCCAACGAGCGCAGGGUCGCGAAGCAGCGAUCGCUCCCCAAGCAUAUCGGCUGUUGCGACUAUGACGUCCUCCUCUAUGUCAUCAUCCGCGAGCUCGACGGGAUCUGCAGCGGGCAACGGCACGCCGAGGGGGGCUGGACCCAAGCCUCUUCUUCUCGCUGGCUCAGCUCGCGCAGCCGUCUCGACCAAUGGUAAUGAGGAAGCGCAUCACACUCCACCGCCACCCUCCAAGAUCGUCAGGAAUGGACCGCUAGCAGGUAGCGGAUCCCCCUACACGCCUCGCGGUCAGAUCGGCAUAGGCGCUCGUCGCCCGCACCGCCCGCGCAUUGGCGACUCUUCCAUCGACUCUGGCCGGCCUGACGAAAGCGUCGAUGGCGACUCGAGCAUUGUCGAUCUGCUGGCCACGCCGGGCAAGACACACAAGAGUCUUGAGGACGGCAGCAGCGAGCGCGGCGAUGCUGACGAUCAUGGGCCGCAGCGUAACACGCCCACAGUCACGCAAGACGGCCGCACAGACACUGCACCUACCUUGGCUACGUCAACGUCACUUCAAGCCGCAUUGCAAACCGAGGGCGUCUUGCCUAAGUUGCCUAGCUUGAGAGCAGCAGGUGAGACGGCUCCAGCCCCUGGGCGUGCCCUGCGAGGCGAGAAUGGCACGACUGCCCCUCGCACCGCCUCCGCUACGCCAGGGACAGUCACUGCCGGUGCCUUUGGGCGACCGUCGAAAGACGUCGAGGAGGCGCCCGAUGUGAGCGCAGUUGUUGAAAGCGACCGUCGCCAACUGCAACGACCGGCCUUCGGGUCCAUCUCGUCUAGCUCAGAUGUGCCUCUCGUGCCGACCGAAGGUAGAAGCGUACUGCGACGUCCCAUGGCCGCCUCGACAACGACAGCUCCCUCUUCGCACCGCCGCAGAUCAUCGCAGUUCUCGCAGAUCAACGAAAGCACCCCCGGCUCUCCGACUCUUGAGAGUGGUGUCCUCUCUAGCGGCAGUGCACGCAGUACUGCAUCAAGGCACGCAGCAAGACGAGCUGCGCGUCGCACAUCUGGGCUAGGGGAAGUCGUAACAUCUUCGAGCGGCGCAGAGGCUGAUCCCUCCCCAACAAGCAUCGACACCUCACCGCGCCCCGACGGAGACGAAGGGCCACGACACCGCGACGAGGCGAUCACCCCAAUCAUGCCCGCCGAGCGCAAGAUCUACACCCUCGUCGACGAGCCCGUCUCCCUCGUCGAGCCAAACAUCCAGCCCACUCAAUUGCACGAUCCACCGGCACCUCCCCCGCCUCUGCUCAAUCGCGCAUCAGUUUCAUCUGUGCGCUCGUCUUCCUCGUCCAACUCAGCGGGCGCGAGUGCGGGUAGCGGAGGCGCGGGUGGCAGUGGCCCGAUAGUCAGGUCGAAGCGCUCCUUCAAGACGGGCGCAAAGAAGACACGAGCCCAAUCCGGCUCGGUGGUGCGCUCCCCCUUGACGCGCGAGGAUCCCCGGCACACGGCACAAGCUGAAGCGCGACGAGAGUCGGCGAGGCUCGACGGAGGAUUCGAGGAGGCGGCGACGACGACGACGACGGAUUCGCUUGCCAGUGCGCGGACGACGGCCGAGUCGCUGCCGUCUUCCUCGCCUCCCUCGUCCGUCGUUUCUUCACCCUUUGCUCGCGGAGGGAACUUGCCCCCUCUGGACGCACAGCUGCACGCCAUGGAUUUGGGCAGCCACCCAGUCAGCGAGGACGAGCGACCCAUCGACGAGCUGCCCACGUCUGCUGCUCACUUCGAUGACGAUGAGAUCGAACACGGGCACGGGCACGGGCACGCGCCCGAGGACGGGGAACACGAUGCGGCGUACGAGUACUACGAGUACUUUGGCGAUGAGCAUCACCCGUCAGCGCAGCAGCAAGGCUUGGCCGUCAAUGGCGGCGGCGGCGGCGGAUUCAACGAUGGGGAGGAGAGCGAAGAGGAGGAGGAGGAGGGCGACGACGGCAUGGCUGCCAUUGGGAGCGCGAUGAGGAAGUUCUCUGCGGGCAUGCAAGGCGGAGGUGGGGCCAAUGACAUCUUGGAAGGCAGGAGGGACAGUGCAGGUGGCAUUAAGUUUUAAAGUCACGGCGGCGCAAGCCUUCACGUCACCCUUCUCCCAGCGCCCAUCCUGCUACGACGCUGAUGCCGAACAUGAAGACUUGCAGCAGAUUCGCCAUGACGAAAUGCGUGAUGCUCUGCCCGA